AUGGGCACGCCUCUGAAAUCAGCAUGCACCGACCUGCAGCACAGUGCCGGUUCUUGGACGGUGAGGCAGAUGCAGGUCGAUGUUCAUGGUGCUGCCCAUGCACGCAAUUCCCCAGUGCUGAUGAUGUACGACGACUCCGAUAGGAAUUAUCGAGGGUUCGUAAAUUACCUCGGACUUGCGUUGAUCCCCUUCCAAUCGUUUUCGGCUACCCCGCCGUCCUCUCGUGUCCAUGGUAGCGCAUCGGUUCGCGCGCCCAGCACCGGCGAUACUGCAAGUGUGAAGCACAACAACAUCAGUGAUCGCUGUGGCGCUUUCCUGCGGCGAUUCUUUAUCAGCUUGCUUCUUGAACGUCUAACUGCAUGGGGACCAAGAGGCUUUCUGGCCAGUACCACGCCAGAGAUGCAUGUCCACGAUUCAGCCCAGCCAGGAAACCGCCCGUCUUUGCACACCAGUGAGGUCGUCGAACAAGCGGAGGCACCGGUUGCAAUCAAAGCCCUUGAGCACGUCCAAGGCCCCGAUGCACCGUCUCGGCUCUGA